AUGAAGGGAAGGAGAGGAAAAAGAUCAGAGGCUUUUUGGCCUUCUAUUGUGAUGAAAAAAUGGCUUAAUAUUAAGCCGAAGGUGAAUGAUUUUAGUGAAGAUGAAGUUGAUACUGAAACUGAAAGUGAAGAUGAUGUUUGUUCUCCUAGACAAUCAAGAAUGGAAGUUCGAUGCGGCGAAGAUAAUCCAUUUAGAACACAAGGGGUUCAAUCUAUAUUCUCAAGUCAAAUACCAGAUGCAUCUUUUAAGAAAGGAUGCAAAACAAAACACAGAAGAGGAAAAUCGGAAACUUUGCGUGCUCAGUACAUAAACACUAAGGAAGUGAGGGUAGCAAUUGGAUCUUGGAAUGUUGCUGGAAGACAUCCGUCCGAGGAUCUUGAUAUCGACGACUGGAUUUGUGCCGAAGAACCGAGUGAUAUUUACAUUUUCGGUUUUCAGGAAGUGGUUCCGCUGAAUGCUGGAAAUGUACUUGGAGCGGAGGAUAAUACGCCGAUCCAAAAAUGGGAAGCGAUCAUUAGAAGAUCUCUGAACAAAUCUUCGGAGCCUGACAGUAAACAUAAAAGCCAUAGCGCGCCUCCUUCUCCAGUUUUGAGAACUUCUUCUGCUGCUGAUGUUUUAGCCGAAAAUAUGGAUACUGAUAAUCCAAUUGACAUCAUGAAUGAUGAGUAUAUGGAAAAUGUUGUUGAGAAAUAUGAUCUGCAACAACAGUUGGAAGCGAAUAACGUAAUUAGUAUCGGAAAUGAUAUACAUGUGAGGAAAGUUUAUGGUAUUGAUCUUGAUUGGCCUGAACGUCCGUUAGACGCGAUCUCACAAAUUGUUGAUUCGAAUCCGAAGUUGCGGAGAGUGCUAAGUAGUUCAGCUAGAAUUGGCUUUGACUUGAAUGAGAAUGCUUUCAUAUACAGCGGCGGAGUUGGUGGAUUGAAACGCUCACACCAUAGUUCAGGAAAUUUAGGCUUGUUAUUGAAAGAGCAGCAGGUUAUACCGAAAGUGGUUGAUUCCUUAGAUGAUGUGUCUGAGAUGUUGUCUAAUGAGGAUGAUGAUGCUUUUAUUGAAUUACCUGAGAACCAAGAUGAUGAUGAAUUAGGCGCGACGAAAUCGCAUGCGAGGUAUGUUCGGAUUAUCAGCAAGCAAAUGGUGGGAAUAUAUGUAUCUGUUUGGGUGCAGAGGAGGUUGAGAAGACAUAUAAAUAAUUUGAAAGUUUCUCCUGUUGGAGUUGGUCUUAUGGGCUACAUGGGAAACAAGGGUUCUGUUUCAAUCAGCAUGUCACUCUUUCAGUCGCGUAUGUGUUUUGUUUGUUCUCAUCUGACUUCUGGUACAAAAGAUGGAGCCGAACAAAGACGAAACUCUGACGUUAACGAAAUUCUACGACGCACAUGCUUCUCGUCCGUCUUUGAUACAGAUCAAGCACUAACAAUACCAUCACACGAUCAGAUUUUCUGGUUCGGAGACUUGAAUUACCGGAUCAGCAUGAUAGACUCCGAAGUUCGAAAAUUGGUGGCUCUAAAAAAGUGGAAUGAACUAAUGUAUUAUGAUCAGCUAAGCAACGAACUGCGUGUUGGACGCGUAUUCGAAGGAUGGAAAGAAGGGUCGAUAAACUUUGCACCUACUUACAAAUACGAAAUCAACUCUGAUAGAUAUGUUGGUGAGAUUCCAAAAGAAGGCGAGAAAAAACGAGCUCCUGCAUGGUGUGAUCGUAUAUUAUGGUUAGGAAAAGGAAUAAAGCAACUACAAUACGAACGUGCGGAAAUUAAGCUCUCGGAUCAUAGACCAGUCAGUUCAAUUUUCUCGGUUGAAGUCGAAGUAUUCGAUCAUCGCAAACUAAGAAGAGCGCUAAAUUUUACUAGUACUGCUGCAGUUCAUCCUGAGAUUUUCCCUGAUGAAGAAGAUGGCCAAUUUUACUAG